AUGCCUAAUCAGAUUCGCAAUCUCCAUACCGUCGACAAGGACUCCUUCCCUUAUAUUUUCGAGCAGAAUGCCACCGUCCCGCUGAAGGACUCCGAAGGAUUGGUGCGAGUGAACGUCUAUCGUCCAAAGGCCGAGGGAACAUACCCUGUACUAGUCACCUAUGGUCCGUAUGGGAAGGAUAUUCCAUACGCAGAGUAGGCAACGCGAUAGGCACAGCUGGCAGCCAUUGCUAACCGUUCGCGACAGCUUCUUCCCAAAAUCCUUCGCCGAGCUGAACCCCGAGCAAAAGUCUGAGCAUUCAGCAUGGGAGACUCCGGAUCCGGGCUACUGGACGCGACAAGGCUAUGCUGUUGUUCGAGCGGAUGAGCGGGGCACCGGGCAGAGUCCAGGUCUGCUAGAUACCAUGUCCAAAGGCACUUCGGAGGCUUUCUUCCAAGUGGUCGAAUGGAGCGCUGAACAGCCUUGGUCGUCGGGCAAGGUCGGCUUGCUUGGUAUCUCCUACUACGCGGGUACGCAGUGGCGUGUAGCGGCUCGACAACCAAGAGGAUUGGCUUGUAUCAUUCCCUGGGAAGGCAUGAGUGAUUACUAUCGGGACCGAUGCAGGCACGGUGGAAUUCUCAGCAAUGCUUUCAUUUCCUUCUGGUGGAACAGACAGGUCGUCAGCAAUCAGUACGGACGACCAGGCCGAGCUGCGAAGAAUUGGGGCCCAGAUACACUGGAGGGCGAUCUGAGCGAGGAGGAAUUGAAGAAGAACCGCCAGGAUCAAACCAUCGACAAUGAAGAAUUUCACUUCCGCGACGAGGAUUACUACGCCAGUAAGGAAUUCAGUCUCUCCGACAUCAAGGUUCCCCUUCUUUCGGUGGCAAAUUGGGGUGGUAUAUUACUGCACUUGCGAGGUAAUGUGCAGGGAUAUCUCAAUGCUGGAAGUGAUUUGAAAUAUCUGCGCUUCAUCACUGGACGACACGAUCUCCCAUUCUAUUACCAGGAAGAAGUUGAAUUGCAGAGGAGCUUCUUGGACGCUUUCCUAAAGGGCGAAGAUCGAGUGGGCUGGUCCGAGAAAGGCAAACUCCCGCCGGUUGAUCUCGUGCUCCGCAAGGGAGACGUUGGCUUUAACGAUGCUGAGGCUGAGAAGGCAUACCCCCGGCGAACCGAGAAUGAAUGGCCGAUUGCUCGGACACAGUACACUCGCUACUAUCUACAUCCCGAUCAGAGCCUGUCAACGUCAGCGCCUUCUCCCGAGAAGAAGACUAUCACGUACCAAGCGCUGGGAAUGCUCGACACCCCGCAGCUCGUACAGUUCCAAACUGCGCCAUUCGACCAGGAAACCGAAAUCACCGGCCAUAUAGUCGCCCAUCUAGCAGUAUCGGCCUCUAGCACCGCAGAAAGUCAGACUGCGCCAUCGGACAUCGAUCUCUUCGUCACGCUGCGUCAUAUUUCCCCGGAGGGAAGGGAGGUCUUUUACACUGGAACUGCAGGAGACCCUGUGCCUCUGACCAAAGGCUGGCUGCGAGCUUCUCUGCGCAAAGUCCAUCCCGACCACCCAAGACAUCAAGCUUGGUUGCCGCAUCGGGAAUACCGGAGCACCGACGUGCAAGAGGUGAAAGCGGACACUGUCUACGAGCUCGACGUGGAAAUCUGGCCGACGAAUGUCGUCGUGGAGAAGGGAGGCAAGAUUGUCUUCGAGGUCUCGAGCGGUGAUACUCAGGGUUCGGGAAUUUUCCAGCAUAACUCCGCGGUUGACAGGUAUGAUUGACUUCUUCUUCUUCUUCUUCUUCUUCUUCUAACAAUUUGACCUGCGAGUCCACAGCUAAUGAUGGUGGUUAUUCUACAGGUCUGAGAAAGUCUUCGCGGGACGAAAUUCUUUGCAUUUCGGGGAUGGGUAUGAGAAUUAUGUCGUGCUUCCUAUCAUCCCACCGAAAUAG